AAAGAUUUUAAUUGAUGAAGAGUGAAUAAUAGUAGAAAGGAGUCACAAAAACAGUGAAGAAAGUAAAAGUGAACAAAAAGGCACCAGUGAGGUAUAUUGAAAUAUAUGAGGAAGAUUGUGGGUUAAGGCUGUAUUUACAGGUUUUAGAAGAUCUAAAGUUCAAUAAAAUGAAAAUCAAGCUUUAUUAAAAAUCUAACAUGUUGAUGAUGUGUCAUCAAGCAGAUUCUAUUGGGGCAAGAGAGUUGCCUAUAUAUAUAAGGCCCACUCUCUUAAGAACAAUACAAAAUUUAGAGUAAUGAAUUUGAGUUAAUAUGAAGACUAUUUGGGGUAGAGUGAGUAGAUCACAUGGAUCAAAUGGAAUAGUGAUUGCUAGAUUCAAUAAAAAUCUUCCACCAAGAGCAAUAGGAUCAACUUUGAGAGUAUUCUUGUAUCCAAACAGGGCUUGAGUUAUAUAAAAAGAGAAUAUAUAUAAAUGUAUAUUAAUUUCCA